GUCGGAUGGCGCGUCGCGUUAGAUCGCAUGGAACGGGUUGCGGCUUCGUCUGGCGAGGGAAACUUUGCGUCGGCCGGGUAUUGACGUUGUUUCCCUUGUAGACUUAUCACCGAUGGCCCCCACGAAGACAACGAAGGGCAAAGCAGCAGCACCUGCUAAAGCCGGAGGAAAGGACGCCAAGGCCAAGGCCGCCAAAAAGGCCGUGCUGCAAGGCGUGCACUCACAUGGUAAACGCAAGCCACGCUUUUCUGUUACAUUCCGCCGGCCAAAGACGCUCAAACUCGCCCGUGAUCCCAAAUACCAACGGAAAUCUAUUCCUCAUGCACCGCGGAUGGAUGAGUACCGGACUAUUGUGUCACCAUUGAACACGGAGUCGGCAAUGAAGAAGAUCGAGGAGCACAACACGUUGGUGUUCAUCGUGGACCUCCGGUCCAACAAGCGCCAAAUCAAGGACGCUGUGAAGAAGUUGUAUGAUGUUCAGGCUGCGAAAAUCAACACCCUCGUCCGACCCGACGGAAAAAAGAAGGCGUAUGUGCGUCUUACAUCUGACCACGAUGCACUCGAUGUUGCAAACAAGAUUGGGUUCAUCUAAGCCGAGUUGCCAUCGUUUACUUGAUAGUCUCUCUACUGUUCUCUGAUAGUAUUACAUGUCUGCUAUGCCCUCCAUGCUGCAAUGCAGGAUAUGCACCUAACAAAUUGGGUGGGUCGCAAUUGUCGGACACGGUUGUCAUGGCCGGACUUUGCGUGGAUACGAGGUUCGAUCAUAUAUUUCAAAAGUACCUGUACUUGAGGCGUCCAGAAUAAAAAUAUCAGCGAACUUGGUUGACGCAGCUGCGAUGAG